CUUCACGAUGGCGAUAUACUUUUAUUCUGAGCCCCCACCUGCUUUGACGCUCCACAUUCAAUCAUGUUCAGUCGUGGUUCACGGUGAAGAUUGGCGACGGCAACCUUCAUCAUUAUGACGCGGCGUCAGUGACGCCAGAGCCCCCUGCUUCCUGCUGCCGUGAUGUCCUACCUACAUAGCGUGAUGACUUGCCCGCAGGCCCAGCACGUAGCGGACUAUCCAUUCCCGACGGUCACUCACAUGACGGUCAUUUGAGCGCGCAUGAUUGCAUUGGCGCCAAAGUCCGUCAGCAAAACGCCAUGUCCAUGUCUUCACCAAGAUCGACUCGACGACUGCCUAAAAUUGUUGACAGAGGAUCUUCCGAGGUGGUCAACACUUGGACACGCACGUGCAAUGCCGUCAGACCCAAAGAUUUUCCAAUCUCCGCGCGACGACUGCAAACGUGCUGCAAGCAUAGCGUUAGCGUCGGGAAGAUCGCGUAUUUGGAUUGCGUGGCGACGUGUCCCGACGACGCCGACACGAGGUGCAAAUCGUCAACCCGUACCCGUUGACAGCGUAGUUUUUGUCACGUUCGAGUGCAAUCGACGCGACUCCAAAGAACUCGAUGCCCGCAAACGCAACGCGAAGGAAUCUACUGCAGCCAUCUGCUCGGCGUUGCGGCGCGUUUGCUGUCAACUUGCUGCAAACCUCGCUUUGCUCCUGCGUUACUGCAUCCGAUGCAGCAUUGUAGCCUGAGCAGGCCCAGCCCUACAACGAGCGACGAUGCUGCUGGCCGGGAUGUGGGGACGCCUUACUUGCCUGAACCGCCGCAAGUGAGGCGUUAGUAAGGCUACUGCCGUGCCCCAACGAUUCCUCGGCGUAAAUACACCCGCAGCAGGAUGCACGUAGCCAUCGCAUUGCCAGGAUCGCUUCAAGGAAAGCAAAGAGAUUGCAGCUUGCGCCACGGUUCCAGCCGCUUUUCGCGAGGCCGCGGCCGUUCCAGAUGCCCACGAUCUCUUGGUCUCCACUGCCCUUUGACGCAGCGUGCCACAUCGUGUUCAACCUCGAUCGCUUUGCCAAGCGCGAUUGGCAAACCCCGAGUCAGUCAGUCGAGAUUGCUUAUGUCAGCGCUGUUGACAGCUUCAACGUCGGGAGGGAAAGCGCAAAAGUUCCGUGACUUUCGCCACCUUUUUGGACGGCGAUGGAAAGUCGGUGGCGACCGCGUGCGACUCCGCGCGAAAGCAAACACACCGCUACGAAGCGGAACCGGAUGCAGACUGCAACACACCGACGAUGCCUCAUUCUUGACGCGAUGCAGUGCGCACGGUGGGCGAAAAAGGCAAGUUUGCGGGGUGAAAAAGGCAACUUUGAAUUUGUAAAAAAAACAUUUCAGCCAAUGAGAGGAUAGUAACUUACCGAUAGGUCUCGCGUAUUAUAGAGCGCUGACCCUAUGCAGUUGCUAACACGCAAAUAUAAUCACGACGCUGCUGCGCCGUUGUAUCGGCAAA